GUAGAGCUAGAGGCCCUGCCAUGGCACUCCCAAGGCUUCUUCUGGUGCUGGCCCUGCUGGCGUGGGUUGUUCUGGCUGAACAAGAGUCAUGCAAGAACCGCUGCACUGAGGGCUUCAAUGCCGACAAGAAGUGUCAGUGCGAUGAACUCUGCUCUUACUACCAGAGCUGCUGCGCCGACUACAUAACAGAGUGCAAGCCCCAAGUGACUCGCGGGGAUGUGUUCACUCUGCCAGAAGAUGAGUAUGGGGUCUCUGACUACCAGGAGACCACCAUAGACAACACCAAUGUUCAUGUACAACCGGAGAACCCUACCCUCAGCCCUGACUUGCAGGCCGAGGGUGAAAGGAUUUUUGAGCAGGCACCUGUUCUGAAUCCUGAGGAAGAGGCCCCAGGACCAGAACAGGGGCCUGAGAGCACUGAUCAAGGUAUCUCCGGGUCCCCAGCAGAGGAGCUGUGCAGUGGGAAGCCCUUUGAUGCCUUCACUGACCUCAAGAAUGGUUCCCUCUUUGCCUUUCGAGGGCAGUACUUCUAUGAGCUGGAUGAAAAGGCAGUGAGGCCUGGGUACCCCAGGCUCAUCCGAGAUGUCUGGGGUAUCGAGGGACCCAUUGAUGCUGCCUUCACCCGCAUCAACUGUCAGGGGAAGACCUACCUCUUCAAGGGUAGUCAAUACUGGCGCUUCGAGGAUGGUGUCCUGGACCCCGAUUACCCCCGCAACAUCUCUGAAGGCUUCGAGGGCAUUCCAGAUGACGUAGAUGCAGCCUUGGCCCUCCCUGCUCAUAGUUACAGUGGCCAGGAGCGGGCCUACUUCUUCAAGGGCAAACAGUACUGGGAGUACAAGUUUCAGCACCAACCCAGUCGGGAGGAGUGUGAAGGUGGCUCCCCGUCAGCUGUGUUUGAACACUUUGCCCUGCUGCAGCGGGACAUCUGGGAAAACAUCUUUGAGCUUCUAUUCUGGGGCAGAUCCUCUGGUAGUGCCGGACAGCCCCAGCUCAUCAGCCAGGACUGGUCUGGUGUACCUGGGCAGGUGGACGCAGCCAUGGCUGGCCAGAUCUACAUCUCAGGCUCCGCUCUCAGCUCCUCCCGGGCCAAGAAUGUUAAGUUUAAGCGUCGCAACCGUAAACGCUACCGCUCACGCCGUGGCCGCAAGAACUUCAGUCGGAAAUCCCGUUCAAGCUGGGAUUUGUUCUCCAGUGAAGAGACUGGCCUGGGAGAUUACAACCAUGAUGACUACGAGACGGCCUGGCUUGUGCCCGCCACCUGCGAGCCCAUCCAGAGCGUCUACUUCUUCUCAGGAGACAAGUACUACAGAGUCAACCUUCGCACACGGCAAGUGGACACUGUGAGCCCUCCCUACCCACGUAACAUUGCCCAGUACUGGCUGGGAUGUCCAGCCCCUGGCUUCCACUAGGAGUCCGAGCCUACACAGCUGGGCCCUCCACAGCUCCGUCCUCCAACCUCCCCCUCCCAGCUCAAUAAAGAUCCCUUGGCCCUGAGUUUAAGAGUAUUGUCCUGACUGGCGUGGACAGGCAGGAGGCAGAGAUCUGCCUGGGUAAAGAAGGGGAAGUUGGGCUAUGGCUUGGGGGAGAGGACAGAGAAAAGCCUCUCUGUGUCCAGUCCAUGUUGGGCUCAGGCCCUCUCUGUGAACUACGAAAGCUGUGGGCUGGGGAAGGCCUCAUGAGGGCUAGCCUUCCUCCUGAGCUAAGCAGCCCCCAACAACCCACCAGCAGCUAAAUUGGAGCUUGAACCCCUAUGAUGAUAACAGGAGUUGCCAGGCUUCCCAUCCCAGCCCUCAGUUUGCUUUGCUUCUUGGAGUUGACUAGGGUCUUGGACGAGAGGGAAGGGUCGGGAGAGGGGGGCGAUGAGGUUCUGGUUCAGUUUUUCUGCCUAUCCUGAGCCAGAAAUGCAGUAGCUCAGAUGCCUGAGUCCCUAGGGGAACUGCUACCCCCAACCCCACUGUUAAGAUGAGUCGUUCUGUCCUGGGUCUGAGGUACAGGGCACUGAGGUUAAGAAGAGAGGGAAGGGCAGGAACUCAAAGGAUUAAUUCAAACACACCUACUCUUCUUAGAAAGUACCGUAGAAGACUUCCAAGGACAAGUACACUGUAAAAACAAACAUCCUUCUUAAAACUUCUCAGUUGUACCUGUAGAACCUCCUCUGGUUCCAGGUUUUUGGACUCUAAGCAGCCCACCUGGGCUCGAGGGGCAAGAGAGAAAGGGCUAGAUGCAGGCGAAGAUCUAAAGUAGACCCGAGGGAGAUCUAGUGGUGACAGCUGCUCCCCAGCCCUGCUGAGGGUGGGGUGGCUCCGUCUCAUCUGCUGUCCCCUAUCAUCCUUUGUCCUGUCCAGCCCAGCAGCCCAGUCCUCAGUUGUGGGACAAGACUCCACCCACUCUCUCCUGAAGGCAGCCAGCACCAGGGUUGAGCCCUUCAGAAGGGGCAAGUGGAGCACUGGGAGCACUAGAGAGGGGGAUCUUUUAGACUUCCUGGUUGGAGUUCUGGGAUGAUUUACAUGAAGUAUAGGAUUUCAGACAGUUUGCAGUUCGAGGAGCAGGGCUGGGACCGGCUUCCUUUGUGAAGCCUGGAAGA